CCGCCUCCCGGCGGUGCCGGAGUCGGGAGGCUGGAAGGCUAUAAAGCUGGUGGCGAGGGCCGGCACCGCACCCUGCGCUUUCGUGGCUCUCUUCUCUUCCUGUACCGCCACCUGGACACCUUCGGGUGGAAAGGCAGCUGGAUUUCUCUCCUGUAAUAGUGGAAAAGAUCACCAGUGCCUGAAGGAGGGAACACUGACAGACCUGGAGACUGAAGUUCAUUGUCCCUCACACAGCUCUUUCACCAUGCCUGGGUCGCUUCCUCUGAAUGCAGAAGCCUGUUGGCCAAAAGAUGUGGGAAUUGUUGCGCUGGAGAUCUAUUUUCCUUCUCAAUAUGUUGAUCAAGCAGAGUUGGAAAAAUACGAUGGUGUAGAUGCUGGAAAGUAUACUGUUGGCUUGGGCCAGGCCAGGAUGGGCUUCUGUACAGAUAGAGAAGAUAUCAACUCUCUCUGCAUGACUGUGGUUCAGAAUCUGAUGGAGAGAAACAACCUUUCUUAUGACUGCAUUGGGCGGCUAGAAGUGGGAACAGAGACGAUCAUCGACAAGUCCAAGUCCGUGAAGAGCAACCUGAUGCAGCUCUUCGAGGAGUCUGGGAACACGGACAUAGAGGGAGUGGACACCAUGAACGCCUGCUACGGCGGCACGGCCGCCGUCUUCAACGCUGUGAACUGGAUCGAGUCCAGCUCGUGGGAUGGACGGUACGCCCUGGUGGUUGCGGGGGAUAUUGCUGUGUAUGCCACAGGGAACGCUAGACCUACAGGCGGGGUCGGGGCCGUUGCUCUGCUCAUCGGGCCCAAUGCGCCUUUAAUUUUUGACCGAGGACUUCGUGGGACACACAUGCAACAUGCUUAUGACUUUUACAAGCCAGACAUGCUGUCGGAAUAUCCCGUAGUAGAUGGGAAACUCUCCAUCCAGUGCUACUUCAGUGCACUGGACCACUGCUACUCUGUCUACCGCAAAAAGAUCCGUGCCCGGUGGCAGAAAGAGGGAAUUGAUAAAGAUUUUACCUUGAAUGACUUCAGCUUCGUGAUCUUCCAUUCCCCCUACUGUAAGCUAGUUCAGAAAUCUCUAGCUCGGAUGAUGCUGCACGACUUCCUGAAUGACCAGAAUAGAGAUAAAAAUAGUAUCUAUAGUGGCCUGGAAGCCUUUGGGGAUGUUAAAUUAGAAGAUACCUACUUUGAUAGAGAAGUAGAAAAGGCAUUCAUGAAGGCUAGCUCUGAACUCUUUCAUCAGAAAACAAAGACAUCUUUGCUCGUAUCAAAUCAGAAUGGAAAUAUGUACACGUCAUCCGUGUACGGCUCCCUCGCCUCUGUUCUAGCGCAGUACUCACCCCAGCAGCUGGCGGGAAAGAGGAUUGGCGUGUUCUCUUACGGUUCUGGCUUGGCGGCCACCCUGUACUCCCUGAGGGUCACGCAAGAUGCCACACCAGGGUCUGCUCUUGAUAAAAUAACAGCAAGUUUGUGUGAUCUUAAAUCAAGGCUCGACUCAAGAACUUGUAUGACACCAGCUCUCUUUGCUGAAAGCAUGAAGCUCCGGGAGGACACUCAUCACCUGGCCAACUAUAUUCCCCAGGGUUCAAUAGAUUCACUCUUUGAAGGAACAUGGUACCUGGUUAGAGUGGAUGAAAAGCACAGGAGAACAUAUGCCCGGCGCCCCUCUCCCAGGGCCAACACUUUGGACGGAGGAGUGGGACUUGUACACUCCAGCACGGUGGCCGAGCACAUUCCAAGUCCUGCUAAGAAAGUGCCGAGACUCCCGGGGACAGCAGCGGACCCCGAAGCAGCCGUCAUCAGCAAUGGGGAGCACUGAGGGCUCCUGUGCAGGGGAGACUCCGGUGGGGGUUGGGGGUGGGUGUGUGUGGGAACGGUUGGGAAUGGGGUGUCGGGGCGACAUUAAAUGAUUACGUGUUGUUUAACAUUUUGUGUGACUGACACGGAGCCUGGAAAGCCGCGGUGCUCUCGGGGAGGUCUCUCUGCUCAGUGCGCCGUGCGCUCCCUGGUGGGGUCUGGCCAGGGCGCAGGCCCUGCCAAGGGCUCUGUGAGGGUCCCCACCCCUCUGGCCGCUUGUGUGCAUGAGGCUUUGUGUUAAAUGUGGUUCGAUGACUCGUGUGCUUCUGCAGAAGAGAGGUACUUGUCUUAAUUCUAAUUUGUCUGAACAUGUAAGAAUUUUAUACUUUGAACAAACAAGAUUACUUGGGAAGUACCUGUGGUUUUUGAAGAAAGUUUAUAGUUUAGGAAUGUGCUUUUACGUGUGAUAUACACAAACCCCGUUUGAAAGCAAAUGGCCUUUUUCUGGACUUUGUACGUUCUGAAGAGAGAAGAGUGGGGCCCGUAACUCUGGUUCUGUAAACGGCAAUGCGGCUUCACACCCAGGCCCAAGGGAUCGUUGGGCCUCCGCGCAGAGACGCUGGCGCUGGGCAGACGCCUGCUGUGGACGGUGUGGUGCACGGGGGGCCGUGACCGCGGCACUGGGCCCUCCUGAGUCAGUGUGUGCUGAAUGAGGCUGGGCAGCACCGAGGUGGCUACUGCAGUCCUGUGUACCUUAUUUGGAAGAAUAAACCAUUUUUCUGGCUGCCUUUUACAAUUUUUAAUAAGGGAGGAUGGGGCAAGGCAUGGUUAGGUUACUUCUGAUGCUUCAGUGUUACAAACUCAAAGACCAACAACCUAAUAAGUUCAUGGUGUUUUGGGGGUUUUUUUUGUUUGUUUGUUUUUCCAUUAAAAAAAUCUGUUUAAUGAAAACGCAAAGGUAAAACGCAUAUUUUUACGUACUUUGAUCAGCCAAAACAAGUGUUCUACUUCCAGAUCUGGAAGCAGGAUCUAUAAAGCGUUUUCUCAGACUUUCACUUUCAGAACACUAUCACAUGGUAUGAAUAAGACUGGUUAGACAGUUUUGUAGAUACUUUUGGUGCUGACCUAGGACAUGAGCCUUAUAGAUUGUAAAAUAGAGACCGUUGGAACUAAUGUACAGAACUAAAUUUUUAAAAUUUCAUUUGCUGUUAAAUUCCAUGAAGUCUCAGUUAUCUAAAAUGAACUUACACAAAUAUGAAAUGUAAUGUUUCAAACUGCAAGGUAAUGUGUAAUGUAGUGUUUGUAAAAUACUCUUGUUUAAUAGUAACUAAUGGUAUUUUGAUUUGUACAGUCAUAAUUUGUUAAAAUGAUUUCAUUUUAACAUCCACUGAUACAGAUUAAUAAUGGAAGUUCAGAUUUAAAGGUUGAUGGGAAAAUGGUGCAUGCAAUACUUUUGCAAGUAUUGGAAGUUUGGUAUGUUUUGAAAAGAGUAAUUUAACCUUUUGGGGUGUCAGAAAAUGGAUUUUCUCCAAGUCCAUUGCCAAAAAUGGGCAGACCUAGUAAUACUGGCACAGAGAAUUAACCGGACACCUUAUUAACAGUGAGGUGAAUAAUUCUGAAUAAAGUUUUAGAGAACUA